AGCACAGAGCCCAUGCCGCCUAAGCAGCCGCAGGGCAAGGGCAAGGCCGAUGCGGCCUCGUCCAAGGCUCAGAGUUCCAAGAAGGACGCAGGAGGAGGAAAGGCCAAGAAGAAGAAAUGGUCUAAGGGAAAGCAAAAAGAAAAGUUGAACGCUGCAGUGUUCUUUGACAAGAACUUGUACGAGAAGCUUAAGAAGGAAGUGCCCAGCUACAAGCUCAUCACUCCCUCUAUUAUUUCUGAGCGCAUGAGAUGCAAUGUCAGUAUGGCUCGCCGGGCGAUUGUUGAUCUUGAGAGCAAGGGGAUGAUCCGUGCUAUCUCGAAGCACGCUAGCCAAAGCAUCUACACUCGCGCAUUAGCAGGAGCUGAGUAAACAAUGAACUUCUGAAAACUCUGAAAAA